AUGCCAAACCCAUUGGCGAUCGCAAAGAUUAGCAUAGAGAAGAGCGGAGGACAGUGGAGGAGAAAGAGAGGCAGUAAUGAGGGGGUUCGGUUAGAGCUUGGUGGCAAGUUGAAUGAAGACAUAAAGCUAUGCACACUAGGUGUGGAGGAGGACAGUUGCAGGGGCUGUGGCUGUGGUUUAGGUGCUGACAAAGUGGAAGCAGCUGAUGUUGAAGAUGGAACCGUGUCUCGGGCUCCGCUGGAUGAUGAAGAUCGUGGGAGCCUAGUUUAUUUUUUGGUAGAGGAAGGGAAUGGUGGUGGCUAG